AUGGUUAAGAUAACUGUUUUAAAGGUUGAGAUUGAUUGUCUCAAAUGCAAAAAGAAGCUCAUCAAAGCUGUUUCAUCUCUUCGAGGGAUAGAUGAAAUAGAAGCAGAUGAAGAGAAAGGAACAUUGACUAUAAUAGGGAAUGCAGAUCCAUAUGACAUAAUAGUUCGAAUAAGGAAAGCUGGGAAGAGUGCUCAAAUUCUAAGUAUUGGGCCUCCUCUUGAUCCAGAUCCUCCAAAAAAGUUCGAAGAAGAUAAAAAGUCUGAAGAAAAACUCGAAGAAAAGCCUGAAGAAAUUAAAAAAUCUGAAGAAAAAUCCGAAGAAAAACCUGAAGAAAUAAAAAAAUCUGAAGAAAAAUCUGAAGAAAAGCCUGAAGAAAUUAAAAAGUCCGAAGAAAAACCUGAAGAAAAACCUAAAAAAACGACAGAAGAAACUAAAGAAUCCGAAGAAAAACCUAAAGAAAAACCUGAAAAAAAGACGGAAGAAAAGAUUAAGUCGGAAGGAAAUAAUAAACCCGAACCAACGAAUUCAGAUCCAGUAAAUCCAAAUCAAAUAUCUAAUGUGCCACCGCCGUAUAUGGUGAUGCCUCCUCAGUACUAUUACCCACAAUACUACCCAGUGCCUCCUCAUUACUACUACCCACAAUGCUACCAGACCCAACCCCAACCAACUCCUUCUCAGUACUCCUACCCACAAUACCAGCAGGCCCAACCAGUUGCUGUGCUUCACAUGGCUAGGUGGGAUGAGCCUGAUACAUCAUGCACUAUAUUGUGA